UUAUUUUUUUUUCUAGAGGAAACUGCAGGCAAGGGUCUGCAGCGCUGAAAACUUUGCACCUCAACUUUCAAGAGUCACUUUUCAAGUUUGCAUUGGGAGUUCACUUUCUCGCUGGACGCCUCGGCCGUGACCGAUUAAGCAGCUUUAUUUCUUGACUUUACCACCACGUUAAGCCGAAUAGCAAAUCAACAAAAAGAACGCGAGAACGAACGGAGCAUCAGUUGGCGGCUAAGCGGCUAGCCAAUGCUAACAACAGAAGUACCACGGGCCAAAUUAAAACACAAACAAACUGGGCUGGGUAAACCCUCGCAACCCCUCCUUCAGCUCGUCGUCGUCUUCAAACAAAACGUCACGCGCAAAGAAUCGAGAAGUAGAACGCCAUGAACAAGAUUUUGACUUUGCUGCUCACGUCGGAAUUGUGGAUUUUCCAGGCCACAUUUGCAGCAAGACAUUCCCUGAAAUACUUCAUCACCGCAACAUCUGGGGUGAAAAACUUCCCCGAGUUUGUGGGCGCUGCUGAGGUGGACGGCGUCCGAGUGGGCUACUGGGACAGCGACAUCCAGUCGCCGGAGCCCAAACAGGAAUGGAUGAGGCAGCUGGUUCGGGAUAUACCGGACCAACUGGACUGGUACAAGCGCAAAUGCUCUGGCAACCAGCAGGUCUUCAGAAAACACCUGGAGGCUUUGAGUCAACGGUUGAACCAGUCCGGAGGCAGCCACAUUUUACAGCGGAUGAACGGCUGCGAUCUCGAUGAGGAGAGCGGCGAGGUGGUGGGCUACAACCAGUACGGAUAUGACGGCGAAGACUUCAUCGCGUUGAACCUGCAGACGCUGACGUGGACGGCGCCCUCCUCGCAGGCCUUCACCACCAAACUUAUUUGGGACGGCGACAUCAACAGGCUGCAAUACAACAAGCGCUACUACAUCAAGAAGUGCCCGGACUGGCUGAAGAUGUACGUGAACUACGGCAGGAGCGUCCUGCAGAGAAAAGAGCUUCCCUCGAUGGCUCUCCUCCAGAAGACACCCACGUCGCUGGUAUGCUGCCAGGCCACGGGCUUCUACCCAAAAAUGGCCAUGCUGUUCUGGAGGAGAGGUGGCCAGGAGCUCUACGAACACGUGGAGCAUGGAGAGAUCCUGCCCAACCACGACGGAACCUUCCAGAUGAGCGUGACCCUGAACGCGUCUGCGUCGCCGCUCGCUCACUGGGCCGAGUACGAGUGCGUGUUUCAGCUGAGCGGCGUCGAGGAGGAGCUGGUCAUCAAACUGGACAAAGACGUCAUCCAAACCAACUGGAUUCCUCCCUCAAAUUUUCCAGCCGGCGCCGUCAUCGGAGGCGCCGUAGGGGUGCUGCUGGUCCUCGUGGCAGCCGUCGCCGCCGGAUGUUACACCCGCCGAAGAAAUGGGGAAUUCCAAGCUGUUAACAGUAAGUGUUCAGCCUUCCACUUAUCAAUUGUUAUCAGUUGUAUCUGAUAACGCACGCAAGAGAAGGCACGGGUCAAAAUUGGCCGUUGACUGCUGCGUCUUCUAUGUUUCCAUCCUAAGCGGGCGUGGAACCUGCGCCACCACCCCAAUGCUAACCCUAAUCUGAUGGUCAAGCCUGCGAGCA